AUGACUCACAGACUCGAUGAAAAGGAGCAUUCUAAUGAAAGAAAAUACAAUCUCAUCAAACUAAAUAAAAAUGUUACAAAAUGGAGGGAACUUCGGGCUUCUUCUUUCCAACGUUUAGUUAUUGCCACGGCCAUAUGUAUAUUUUCACUUGGAUUUGGAGGUUAUCUUUAUAUUUCAAAUAAAGAUAGUGUAGAAUCAACAAUGAAGAUCAUUUCGACAUCUAUUUUUGGAGUAGGAAGCAUGGGAAUUUUUGUCAAAAGCUUAACGUCACUUAAAAACCUUUUUACUAAAAAUAAGGACGAAAAUAAUGAAGAUGCAGAGAAAUUUGAAGUUAUUGUUGCAAGCUCAGGAAGAAAUUGCCCUAGAAGAUUAGAUUCUCCUUUAUUAUUCGUGAAAACACUUAUUGAACAUAUACAUAUCAUGAUGAUUUGGCGUACUAUAUGGUUGGAAGAAGUGGACAAAUGUGACAUGAAUGAAGCAGAUAAUGAAAUAUACGAUGAUAAAGAAAUGCUUGAUUUGGUUAAUGAGCUAAUAAGACGUAUGAACUAUCGUAAUGAAAAUAAAACAUUUCUAAUAAGUCGUAUGAACUAUAGUAAUGAAAAUAAAAUAUUUCGUGGCAUUUUGAUAAUCAUGAAGCUAAUGGCACAUUAUUUGACUAAAUUGCAAGAAGAAUUAGACUAUAACGAAAAUUUAAAUGAUUCUAAUUAUAUAAAAUGUAUGCGCUACUUAUUAAUAAGUAUAAAUGCUUGCAUUGAGACCACUUUUCAUUAUCGUAAUAUGACACUUAUAAAUAAGGCACUAAAAAAAAUGAAAUUACUUAAAACUCAUUCGGAUUCAAAAUUUUAUAUAUCUUAUAUCGGUGGGGAGAAAUUUUUUAAGGAAAGUAUUGAUAAUUAUUUUGAGGGAAAGUCUAAAAUAGUAAAUUUGCUUAAAAAAGACAAUAAUACUAAUAAAAAAGAAGAUAUAGUUAUUAGUAAAGAAAAAGAAGACGAAAUACAGAAAAUAAUGGACAAUAAGAUAGAUGACAAUAUUAAUCAGGGUCACAUAAACGAAAAAGAAAAGGAUGAAAUAUUACGAAAAAUUUAUGAUACAGAAGUAGACGAUACUGAUUGUAAUAAUGUAGUGGAUACUUUACUAAAAAUUAUAAUAGGCGGCAAACUACACGACAAUACCGAAAUUAAUCAAUCCGAGAGUAACGAAAAUAAUCAAUCCGAGAGUAAUGAAAAAGUUUAUCUAGAAGAAAUGGUGAUAAUUUUAUUGAAAAUUAAAGCCAAAAAUAAUAAUAGGGGUGGGAUCAGAAGUAAUAAGUGUGAGGCCGGGAAUAAUAAUCUGCCUGAUAAAUUCAAGCAAUUUUUAUUAAAAAUCAAAACUGAUGCCAAGGAUGAUGACAAUCCGAUUGAUAAAAUGGUGGAAUUUUUAUUACGACUUAUAAGUAAGGCAAAGAGUGAUGAAAAGGAUGCUAUUCUGAACAUUAAGAAUUUAAGUUUAUUAUCAGACAUUUUAGGUGGUCUGCUGAAUUGUCAAAACAAAAAAGAUGAAAUCAUAAAAACUUUAAUAGAGUUUAUUCAGAAAAACGAAAGGGGAAACAUGUUUUUAACCGACAUUAUAAAAGAGAACAUGAAAAAGAACAUGAACAUGGAAGAAAACAUGGAAGUUGAGCUGAAAGCCCACGUUAAGGACAUAGCUAAAAUUUUAUUCGAAAUUAUAAGAAAUAAUAAUUAUGAAGAGAUGGAUUCAAAUGCAAAAGAAUUUAUUGGUAAUAAAGCUAUGGAAGAGGAUGAAUUAGAAUACGUAAAGAAAAUAGGGUAUAUUUUAUUGGAAAUUAUGAUUGAGACUAAGAUUGAAGAUACACAUACAAAAUAUCAAAUAUCAUACGAUGACAUGAAUGAAAUGAAUGUCGUGGAAGCAAUAAUAGGAACAAUUUUAUUAGAAAUUACGGAAAAGAUUAGUGAAGUCAAGAAACACGAUGAUAAGAAUUACACUAAUAUCAAUAGGGACCACACUAAUAAUAACAAUGAUAAGGAUCAUACUAAUAUUAAUACUGAACUAAGUAGCCUUAGUGAUUUACUUGAAGAAUUAAAAACUCAAGUAAUAUCUAUAAAGGAUGAUAUCAUAAUGAAAAAGUAUUUUAAAGAUAAAAUCGAUUUAUUUGGUAAAAUUCGUCAUAAUAAUAACUUCUUGGAAAAAUGUUUUCUCUACUUCUUAACUUUGGAAGAAGUGGGCAAAUGUGACAUUAAUGAAGCAGAUAAUGAAAUAUACGAUGAUAAAGAAAUGCUUGAUUUGGUUAAUGAGCUAAUAAGACGUAUGAACUAUUGUAAUGAAAAUAAAAUAUUUCUAAUAAGUCAUAAGAACUAUAGCAAUGAAAAUAAAAUAUUUCGUGGCAUUUUGAUAAUCAUGAAGCUAAUGGCACAUUAUUUGACUAAAUCGCAAGAAGAAUUAGACUAUGACGAAAAUUUAAAUGAUUCUAAUUAUAUAAAAUGCACUAAAAAAAUGAAAUUACUUAAAACUCGUUCGGAUUCGAAAUUUUAUAUAUCUUGUAUCGGUAGGGACAAACUUUUUCAGGAAAGUUUUGAUAAUUAUUUUGAGGGAAAGCCUAAAAUAGUAAAUGUACUUAAAAAAGACAAUAAUACUAAUAAAAAAGAAGAGAUAAGUAAUGAAAAAGUUUUUCUAGAAGAAAUGGUGAUAAUUCAUCGAAAAUUAAAACAAAAAAUAAAAAUUAGAGUGGGAUUAGAAGUAAUAAGAGGUGAUGACAAUCCGAUUGAUAAAAUGGUGAGAUUUUUAUUACGUAAGGCAAAGAGUAAUGAAAAGGAUGCUAUUCAGAAUAUUAAGAAUUUAAGUUUAUUAUUAGACAUUUAG